AAAAAAAAAAAAGAGAGGUUGAAAGGAGGGAGCUCGCCGAGACCCACCCUUCUCCCUCCUCCUCCGGGCUGCUGGCCGGGCUUUUGUUUUCCUCCAGCGCCCCGUUUCCCACACGUGAUUGCCGUGUUAUUGCACAGGGCGCUCGGCGGCGCGGCUGCUGCACCUAUAAAUACGGAGCGGGCGGGCGGCGGGGGCCCGGGGCAGCGCGGCGCGGCCGGGCGGAGCGCACCCCCCGACACCCCCAUGCACCCCGCCGGCACCGCGGCGCCCAUGCCCCGCCGCCCGCCCGCCUGACGGGCCGGCAGCGAGAGGCAGCGCCCGGCCAGCGGCGAGGGGAGGGGGAGCCGGCCGACAAUGGCGGCGGCCGCCACCGCCGCCAGCCCUGGCAGUCCCGCCGCCGGGCCCCUGCCGCCGCCGGCGGAGCCCUGCCCCAGGAAAGCGCCGCAGCCGCCGCCGGGGCCGCCGCAGCUGCCGCCGCCGGCGCGCAGCGACCCCCGCCGCAGGCAGGCCGCGCUCUCCUUCCUCACCAGCAUCUCCCUCGACGGGCGGCCCCCGCCGCCGGGCAACGACGGCCCCGCCGCCCGGCCCCGCCAGGCGCAGCCGCCGCCGCGGCUGGGCAGCCCCCCGGCGGCGCCCGCCGAGCCCCCGGAGGAGGAGGAAGAUGAGGAGGAGGAGGAGGACGCCUUCGCCGCGGUGCAGGUGCCGCCCGCCGCCUUCCUGGGCGCCGCGGCGGCGGGCAGCCGGGGCCGCCUCAACUCCUUCACGGCCGGGGUGCUGCCGGUGCCCUUCGGCCGCACCAGCCCCCAGGGUAGCAUCGGAGGCAGCGGAGAGCUGGGGCAGCCCGGCCCCGCCGCCGCCUUCGAGCUGCAGCGGUCCCGACGUCGGCUGAUCUCCCAGCGAUCUUCUCUGGAGACUCUGGAGGACAUUGAGGAAAACGCCCCACUGCGGAGAUGUCGGACACUCUCAGGAUCACCCAGACCAAAGAACUUUAAGAAGGUUCAUUUUAUCAAGAACAUGCGGCAACACGACACCAGAAACGGCAGAAUAGUCCUUAUCAGCAGCAGAAGAUCCUUCUGUAGCAUAUUUUCAGUGCUGCCAUAUCGAGACUGUACCCAAGUCGGGGAUAUGAAGCUGGAUGGUGGACGCCAGUGCCAUUCUACUGGAGUGUGCCUGAAAGAGAUAAUUGGUCUUGAAGGUGUGGAGCUUGGAGCAGAUGGGAAGACGGUUUCUUAUACACAGUUCCUAUUUCCCACCAAUGCUCUGGGAACUCGGAGGAACACGAUAGACUCCACCUCAUCUUUCUCCCAAUUUCGCAAUGCAAGCCAUCGUAGCCUUUCUUUGGGAAGAGCUAACAGCACCCAGGGGAGCAUUGAUGCAGGUAGCGACCUGGGAGACUUUGUUGAAUACGACCCAAAUCUUUUAGAUGAUCCCCAGUGGCCAUGUGGCAAACAUAAGCGGGUUUUAAUAUUUCCUUCCUAUAUGACCACGGUCAUAGACUACGUGAAGCCAUCAGAUCUCAAGAAGGACAUGAAUGAGACUUUUAAGGAGAAGUUCCCUCACAUCAAGCUAACCCUCAGUAAAAUAAGAAGCUUGAAGAGAGAAAUGCGCAAGCUUGCUCAAGAAGAAUGUGGUUUUGAAGAGCCCACAGUGGCCAUGGCCUUUGUCUACUUUGAGAAGCUCGCUCUCAAGGGGAAGCUGAACAAGCAGAAUAGAAAGCUUUGUGCUGGAGCUUGUGUUCUUUUAGCAGCCAAAAUUGGCAGUGACCUCAGAAAACAUGAAGUCAAGCAUCUUAUAGAUAAACUGGAAGAGAAGUUCCGGCUGAACAGGCGAGAGCUGAUCGCCUUCGAGUUCCCGGUGCUGGUGGCCUUGGAGUUCGCUCUCCACCUUCCCGAGCACGAGGUGAUGCCGCACUACAGACGCUUGGUGCAGAACUCCUAGCGCUGGCUGCCCGGUGGGGAAGGGGCUCCCGACUGUUCCCGCUUGGCUCUCCCGAGCCGCAGUUACUACUGGAAAUGCAAAAUCAGACUGCUAACACUUCGCUCUCUCUCCCCCCCAAAACAGUUUUUCUGGCUACAGGAAAUACUGCAUCGACUCUUGGCUUUGAUGAAUUUAUGUAUCGUUACUUUCUCAAAGCAGGUGAAGACUGAGCUGUUGGUAAAUAGUUCACGUGCUGAAACUGGGUGGCAACUGACCCUACCUGUAGGGACUACAGCUAUAAAAGUAGGCAAAAAUUAGAAGGGCAGCCUCCAUGACCACCCCUCUCUUCAUCACACAAACCCUGGAAGCCCACUGAGUGCAUUCUCGUAGCGCUUUUUCUACAGACCUGCUGCAAAUUCCAAGAGGACUUCUAAAAGUGCAAAAGCUUUUAAAGAAGAUAUCUUCACUGUGUCAAAAAGAAUGUGCCAAUCUAUUUUUGUAUCAGCAAUUGAAAGUGCACUUUUUCCUGUGGGGUAUUUGUGUGUGUAUCCGUGUGUGUGUGUGUGCGUGUGCAACGCCGAACUGAUCUCAGUCCAGGUGGUUGGCUUAGCUGUUUCCAAGUGUAUCAGUUACUGAUGGUGAAGAUCAAGGUGACCUUACACGUUUACUUCGUGAAAAAUGUAACUACUGGAAAAGUGGUAAAUGGGAUCAUUUUUGGACACUUGGGUUUUUUUAUUCUCUGAUCUUUCCAACAUUGUACCGUUGAAAGGAUUACACUACUACUACUGCGAGAGAAGGAUCAGCAACUGACCUUAAGUUUUCAGUCAUGUUUGUGGUAAAGAUGAAAGCAUUAGUAUAAGAUUUCUGUGUCAUGUUUUUUAAAAAUAUCUUGUGUUAAGCCACAUGCAUAUUUUUAACCUUCGCACUUUUCCCACUGUGGAGAUGGUUAGACUUGCACUCUGUAGUGUUGUAUUUCUGUGCUCUAUGUUAGAGUGCGUACUAAGCACAUUUAUUGUGCUCUAUCUUAAAACAGUGUUUUAUUAAAAAAAAAAAAAAGAGUAGGGCUCAGCAGUAUAAUGGGUGUCUUAAGGCUCCAACAGCAGGGGCAUCAGCCAUUAUAGUUUUGGGGUUUUAAUUAGGAUUGACUGUGCAAAACCUAAAAUCUGUGCCCGUUGAGAUUCAGUUCCUUUAGACAUUGCAGUACUGGAGUUCUAUGGUAAAACUUCUUGCAGCUUCCCUGGUUCUGACUGGACACCUGGAGAGCUCACAGGCAUUAUCCAAGCUCCUGAUGCUAUAUGCACACAAAGCUGAUGCGAUGCUGAUGGACAUGGUUCAAUUGCUGUAAUCAUGUGGGAUUCCACCCCUGCCCAAUCUUCUCCUGUGCUGGUUCACUUACCAAGCCUUGCCCUCAAUGUGCCCCACAUGGAUCCACUAAAGUCAAGUUAUUACAUUUGUGGUAAUUAUAAAAUAAAUAAUAGUCUCAACUGUGAGAUUUCAGCU